GCAGGUUCACGGAAUAAGAAUCGAUCACUGAAUAAUCGAAGAAAAUUGAUAAAUUAGAAGCGUCAAAGUUACUUCGAGUAAUAUUUAAAUGCUGUCACGAACUUGUUUGUGGUUUUAACUUGUGUUACAACGAGUAAAGUGUCUCCAUAAUUGCUUAUAUUAUGAAUACCAGCUGAUAUCGACUAUCAGCUGUCACAAGCAAAAAAAUAACAAGAACCUUCGAUUCUAAUGUUGGUGGUAAAUUCACAUUCUACCACGUUCGUGACAAUCGGUAGAUUAUCCAGGUGCGAUUAAGCUCAAUAUAAAAAAAAAUCGUUGAACGAAAUGGUGCACAAAAUUGCUGCAAUGUCGAGCGUAAUAUUAAUUCUCUUAUGCGGAAUAACUUUGACAUCGACGCAUUAUUUUGGGACUAAUACCAGGGCCAAUGACCAGUGUUUCUGCAAGCUAAAGGGAUCAAUCGACGACUGCAGUUGCAAUGUUGAUACGGUUGAUUAUUUCAACAAUGUGAAGAUUUAUCCCAGACUGCAGAGUCUCCUUGUUCGGGAUUAUUUUAGGUUUUACAAGGUUAAUUUGUUGAACCAGUGCCCUUUUUGGGUUGAUGACAGCAAGUGUUCCAUGAAGCACUGUCACGUGAGACCGUGCCAAGAUGAGGACAUCCCCAUAGGUCUCAAGGGAGAAAUCCCCCGGAACCUCCACAAGGCAGAAGUUGCAGUAGAUAAGUACUUACCUGAGAAUCAGCAGAUAAACUGUGAGCAAACAGCUAAGGAUCACAAUCGUGAGUUGGGGUAUCUCAACACCACAAUAAGUUCAGAGAAUUACAAAGAAUUUGAGAGAUGGCAACAGCACGACGACGCCCAGGACAACUUCUGUGUCAAAGAGACAAGCCCUGGAGAGUACGUAGACCUUCUCCUGAAUCCUGAAAAGUUCACGGGCUACAGGGGACCCAGUGCUCACAGAAUAUGGAGGACAAUCUACAUGGAGAACUGUUUCAGACCCGAAACGAGCCCUCACAAUUUCAUUCAGUCAUCGCAGAUGAAUGGUAUGUGCCUAGAGAAAAGAGCUUUCUACAGGGUCAUCUCAGGACUCCAUGCCAGUAUCAAUAUUCACUUAUGUGCUAAGUCUCUGUUGUCGUACAGGGAUCAGACUCUGGGUCUGGUCUCGGGGGCUGCUGAGUGGGGGUCCAAUCUCGAGGAAUUUCAUAAGAGAUUUUCUCCUGAGUGGACCGGGGGCGAAGGGCCCAAUUGGUUGAAGAAUCUUUAUUUCAUUUAUUUGUUGGAAAUGAGGGCUCUGGAUAAAGCUGCGCCUUAUUUGGAAAAGGAAGAGUAUUAUACUGGGGACGAUGGUGCGGAUGAAGAAACGAGAGUGGUGGUCAAGGAUGUUUUGCAAAUUGUCAGAUCAUUCCCAGACCAUUUUAACGAAAGCUGUAUGUUUAACGGUGGCUCAGAAGCUGCCACACUGAAGGAGGAAUUCAGACAACACUUUAGAAAUAUUUCAAGAAUAAUGGACUGUGUGGGAUGCGAUAAAUGUAAAUUAUGGGGAAAAUUACAGAUUCAUGGACUAGGCACUGCCCUAAAGAUUCUGUUCUCAGGCAAAUUCGAUCGAUGGGAGCCUAGUGUUAACAGUAUCAGCAGGAAGCAGUUUUAUCUGGAGAGGAGUGAAAUCGUCGCUCUGAUGAACGCCUUUGGAAGACUGUCGGAAAGCAUUUUUGAAUUGGAGAAAUUUCGACAGAUGAUGAGAUAACACAGUUCGAGUUCCGGGGCACUACAGCAGAAUUAGUUAUUCCAGGCACCAGUAUAUCUACAUCACAUCGUAGUAGGAUUUAGGAAGUAAUUUAGAUGAUAUUUGUGUAAAAAGUGAGUAGCAGUAUUGGUUGGGGCAUUUAGAUUCACACUAGAUUGUUCAAAAUCCGCUGAUUCGUCUCCUAUUCGAUACUACAAUCUUCCUCUCAGUUUUGAUAAUAUAAUCUUUACAUUGAAACCGACCAUUUCACUACUUCUCAACCAAAAAAAAGGGAAGUUUAUUUUUCGAUAUUAGUUUUAUCAGAAAACCAAUUAGGAUAAUGUCCAUUCAGGCUCCUUUUUCAAUCUGAAUGCACUACCCUCGUCUCUACAGCUACUAUUUGAUAUGAAUCGACUGCAGGACCCGACUGUGUCUGUGAUAAAUCCCCAUCAUUAGUGUUUUCAUUAUUAAAUUACAGUAAAUAAUGUCCUGUUCUGUCAAUUUCUCUUUUUCGUUAUUUGCAUAAGCACCUUUUGAUGGUAAAAAUUGGUAUUUUUAUUUCGUUUUACGAUGAGUAGCGGAAAAUUUAGAGAAAUAUUUAUGUUAACAGUUGAUUGAUGAAUUCGAAUUAGUGAUCAUUAUUUGCACGCAUUAUCGCGUGUAUUACCGAACAAUUUAUGCUCCGAAAGUAAAUAUUACGGAGGUCUCUGAUGUUGAAUGUGAAAUACAAAAAUACUUCAAUGGUCUUUAUAAAAAACGAUUGUUAAUUCACGCGUUUGAAUUGCUGCGCUUUUCUAGAGUUACGAAAAUUGAUUAUAUAUUUUAGUCUCCUCAUGAAUAAAUAAUUUAUGCAAUAAAAAUAAAAUAGGCAUAAUUUGUGCGCAUUUACGUUUAUUAUAAGAAACUUUAGAGCAGCAACUGUUGAUUAAUGAACCUGAGUUAUUGAUUUGUAUAUUUGUUGUAUCACAUUUAUUACCGCAUAAUUUAGACACUCAAUGUAAAUACAAAUUUAUAUGUUGCAGAGUGUGAAAUAAAUUAUGAGUUCAUUUAAGAAAAGUAAAAAGAAUAUUUCCUUACAUAAAACAAAUAAAAUAAACAUUUAACUGAA